CCACCGCCGCCCGGGAGCCGAGCUGGGCCGGGCCGCCACCAUGCUGAGCCGGCUCGGGGCGCUGCUGCAGGAGGCCGUGGGGGCGCGGGAGCCCAGCAUUGACCUGCUGGAGGCCUUCGUGGAGCACUGGAAGGGCAUCACGCACUACUACAUUGAAAGUACAGAUGAAAACACCCCCGCCAAGAAAACGGAUAUCCCCUGGCGGCUGAAGCAGAUGCUGGACAUCCUGGUGUACGAGGAGAGGCAGCAGACGGCAGCUGGCGAGGCUGGGCCCUGUCUGGAGUACCUACUGCAGCACAAAAUCCUGGAGACCCUGUGCACACUGGGCAAGGCUGAGUACCCCCCAGGGAUGCGACAGCAGGUGUUCCAGUUCUUCAGCAAGGUUCUGGCCCAGGUACAGCACCCGCUCUUGCAUUACCUCAACGUCCACAAGCCUGUGCAGAAGCUUCUCCGACUUGGUGGGACAGUUCCUGGAUCCCAAACAGAAAAGGAGGAGGUACAGUUCACCACCGUGCUCUGCUCCAAGAUCCAACAGGACCCAGCCCUGCUCACCUACAUCCUGGAAGGCAAAAAGAUGGUCAGUAGGAAGAAGUCAUCCAAAGAGCCCACCACCCUGCCUAGAGAGGCCGCCAGUGUGCAGGACAAGGACCACUCCUGCAGCAAUGCUCCUGACAUGAGUCCGUGCAGGGCCCGGGACUUGAGCUCACAGCUGCCUGCUGAGACAGAGGAGCCAGAAGGAGCGGUUGGGGAAAGCAACCUCAUCACCGCGCUGAUCGGGCUGUGCAAGAGCAAGAAAGGUCGGGUGGCUCUGAAGGCGCAGGAGAACCUGCUGCUCCUGGUAAGUGUGGCUUGGCCUGCCGCUGCCGCCUACCUGGUGCAGAGCAGCCCUUGUUGCCGUGUUGUCGCCGAGCACCUCUGCCAGCUGUACCAGUCCCUGCCCCCCUUCCUGGACCCAGCGGACAUUGCUGCACUAGAGGGCAUCAGCUGGAGGUUGCCCAGUGCCCCAUCUGAUGACGCUUCCUUCCCUGGCAAGGAGGCCUUGGCUGCCUUUUUGGGCUGGUUUGAUUACUGUGACCACCUCAUCACAGAGGCACAUACGGUGGUUGCCGAGGCCUUGGCAAAGGCUGUGGCUGAGAAGUUUUUCGUGGAGAUUCUGCAGCCCCACCUCCUGCAUGUCUCUGAGCAGAGUGUCCUGACCUCCACCGCCUUGCUCACGGCCAUGCUGCGUCAGCUCCGCUCCCCUGUGCUGCUGCGAGAGGCUGUGGCUUUCCUCCUGGGCACAGACCCACAGCCUGCAGCCCCUGACGACGGCCCCCGCACUCUGUGUGCUCACCUCAUCGGGCACUGCGACCACCUCUCGGACGAGAUCAGCAUCACCACCCUGCGGUUAUUCGAGGAGCUGCUGCAGAAGCCGCAUGAGCAGGUCAUCCACGGCCUGGUCCUGUGCAACCUGGAGGGCCGCCAUUAUGUGGCCCGGGGCUCACCCGAGCCCGAGAGCUACGAGGACACCCUAGAUCUGGAGGAAGACCCCUACUUCACAGACGGCUUCCUCAACUCCAGCUUUCAGCCCUCCACAAAGCCUCCCCCAGCCCCUGCCACCAACUCGGAUGGCAAAACAGCAGUGACUGAGAUCGUCAACAGUUUCCUCUGCCUGGUUCCUGAGGAAGCCAAGACCUCAGCUUUCCUAGAAGAGACCGGAUAUGACACAUACGUCCAUGAUGCUUAUGGACUGUUCCAGGAGUGCAGCUCCCGAGUUGCCCCUUGGGGCUGGCCCCUGGGCCCCACACCCCUGGACCCUCAUGAGCCUGAACGGCCUUUCUUUGAGGGUCACUUCCUCCGAAUGCUGUUUGACCGCAUGUCCCGGAUUUUGGAACAGCCAUACAGCCUGAACCUGCAAGUGACCUCAGUCCUGUCCCGGCUUGCCCUCUUCCCCCACCCCCUUAUCCACGAGUACCUCCUGGAUCCCUACAUCAACCUGGCCCCUGGCUGCAGGAGUCUGUUCUCUGUGCUCGUCAGGGUGAUCGGGGACUUGAUGCAGAGAAUUCAGAGGGUACCCCAGUUCUCGGGCAAACUGCUCCUGGUGCGCAAGCAGCUGAUGGGUCAGGUCCCUGGGGAGCAGCUGGACCACCAGACUCUCCUCCAGGGCGUGGUGGUUCUUGAGGAAUUCUGCAAGGAGCUGGCUGCCAUCGCUUUUGUCAAGUUCCCCCCACAUGGUCCUCACCCGCACCUCUCCCCUCCCCGAGAAGGGCACGUCUGAGCCAGGAGCAGGACAGGAAGGGAGACUUCUGUGCACACCUCGACCCAAGAGCCGCCUCCCACCUGGCACCGCCGCCACUGCCUGCCUCCCAGGCUGGGACUUGGCUCCAUGUUCUCUGCAUCCCAGGCACCUCUGCCUCUGGGGAGGCCUGGGCUUCCGCUCCCAGGUGGUCUCAGAAGAUCCUGGCCUGUCAGCCACACGAGACUGGUUUUAGGGAGUGGGUCUCCAAGGUACCAGAAGCCAAGGAGCAAAAGAGAUGGCCUCCCAGACAGCAUGGUGUCCUCGGGGCCCUCUCAGGGGAGCUGGGUAAUCGCCAGGUGAGCACCCAGACCCAAACCCUCACGUGUUCUGUGCCUGACCCCCAAGUCUACGGGCCAUUCAUGGCCAGGGCCAAGGCCUGUGGCUCAGUUCCAGGGCACAGAGAGGAGUGAGUGAUGGCUCUGAGGCUGGUUACGACUCACAAUGGUGAGUCUCUUGGUAAGCCAAGAGAGAUGGGGACGAAGGAGCCCUGUCUCUGUCAUGCCGGGUACCACAGACACUACUGAAACUUGACAUUUUUUCUCCUGCCUUCUUGGCUUAAUCCGUGGCGAAGGGGCAGUGGAUGGCAGGGGAAGCCCACUCUCCCUGCCCAGCCCUCCUGGAGACUGUUGCAAAAUUCCCAACCGCCUCAUGGCCGAGAGCCAGAGCGUGCUCCGAGCCUGGGCGGGGGCAGCUGCUAAUGAGCGCCUUGGUGCGACUGCAGCCAGGGCGGCAGAGGGCUUGGGAAGGGGGGGCAGGGGGCUGGGUGCCAGGCUCCAGCUCCAGCUGGUUUUCUCCCUGGCGCCUCUGAACCCGUCUCGGCAGGUCCUCGACACCUGGGCAGAGGGGCUUGGAGACUGGGGGAGGCCAGGCCCGGCCCUCAGCCCUCCACCCAGCCUGCAGCGUCCUCGAUGGACUCCUCUCCCCAGGAAGCUGGGGAGCUUGGGACAGACCGCAGCCAGGAUGCCCACCUGACCCCAGGCCCCCAAGGCCUGGAGGGGAGGCGCUGGGGCCCGGCAGCCAGUCGUAGUGUUGUUCUCCCUGUGUGCCCUUCAUGGCUGGGGCUGCCACCCCACCCGGCCUGAAUCUGUUUCAACCUGCAGGAACACACAGGCGGCGCCAGGCAUUACCUCACAGCGGGACUGCAGCUGCUGGCUUCGCUCCUGGGCAAGGAGGAGCAGGCCAGGGCCCCUUUCGCUUCCUUUUCCUGCCUGUGCCGCUUCUAGAAGCCAGCCGCAGGUUGCCAGGAGGUGAAAUGGAAGAGGAGGAACUCGGUGACCUCUCCCUCUCCUGCAUUCCUCCAAGCUGGGGAGGACGCGGCCGCGGCUCUGAAGGACACCGUGCAUGUGUGUGCAUGUGUGUUUGCACACGUGGGUGUUGGCGUGGGACAGGAGAGCACAGCUCACAGGGCACACUGGGUCUGAACUCCUCAAGUCCGAAAACGGCUGAGCAUCCGGUCCCAGAUACUCCCCUCCUCCCUCCCCUUCAGCAUUUGCCCUUGUGUCCCCCUGAGACGUGCCCCCAGACGACACAGCAAUAAAAGGUUUGCAUAGACACAGC